GGGCUACACCAGGGUAUGCACCGGGUAUGCAUCCAUCGUCAUUCUGCGCAGCGUCAGUUUAAGAGGCUUGCGCCGAGCGAGCGAGCGUUGCAAAGCAAAUAUGUUGCUGCGAAGCUCGGAUUGUGGGAGUCCACUGACAAAAUUAGAAUCCUGAAGAAUCUCGAGGUGGGAGAGGGUUACGCAUUGCCGCAGUUAAGGAUGCUGUUCUUGUCGUGGCAUCGGCCUUCGCGAAAGGACCAAGCAGCAUGUCUAAAUAGCUGCAAAGAUGGUGAAUUCAACUAUGACGCCAAAUACAAGGGCGCCACUCAGAAGUCACCAUUCUCCGGGGAACGUGCCAACGACCUCAAGAGAGACGGCUUUGUAACCAACCACGCGAGCGUGAAGCUUGGGUCUGGGAAGGAUGUCUUCUUGGAUGGGAAGAAGGCACUCCAAAACUGGAGGCAUUUCCAGCUACCGUGGGCAUUUGUGGACGCAAGCACUCCUAUCUUGGAAGGAACCAAGGUCUGCGUGUGCGCGCAUGAGCUUGUGGCAUGGAUCAUGAACCCGCUUCAAGUCCUGUACGUUGAUGCCAAGGAGCCACCGAAAUUCCCAUCGCGCGUCGAUCAAAACAACCAUCAGCAACAAGCAGCCUUUGCCUUCGGCAGCGGGACACUUCGUGGUCACAUGCUGGCCGGAGAAGAGAAGUUUGCAGUGGAGUGGCGGGAGGAUGAUUCAGUCUGGUACGAGAUUUCCUCGUUUGCUAAGCCAGCGAACUUCUUGUCAUUUGCCGGGUACCCCGUUGCUCGACUCCAGCAGAAGAUGUUCGCCAAGCAAUCCUUGGCUGCGAUGGAGCGUGCAGUCAGACAGGGUUCAGUUGAUAUACAUUCUCAAAGCGCAUUUUCCGCUCUGCAUCACCGGCACCCAUGUACCUAGCACUACAAAUAUCAUAAAUCACAGGAGUGGCGAGUCUUCCACAGAUGUGCCCUUGCGGAAGUCGUGCCUAAAGUUCUGGCACGUACAUCGGUAAAAAGCAAUCCUACCUGCAAUUCAACCCAUUGAGCAAGCACAGUUAGUACAUAACAACAAUCUUCGUCCCUCUCAUAUAAGCAUGGAUGUAAGCAAAGAAGAAAGUGAAAUCUGCACCUAACUCAUAACCCUUGAAAGACUGUAGGUAGUUAUAGCAUGGACAAGAGUAACCCAGCUUCUAAGUAAUCUUUACAAUCAUCAGUAAGUGCGAACGCAUCACCUACACAUGAAGUUCACGAACUUCAGAGGAAUGCUGUCACUCACACAUCUUCGUACCGAAAUCCACACCUUAUUUCUGUGAAGGUCA